GGGAUCAGCAUCAACAUCAAGCAAGGCCAGGCCUAGGCGGUCAAGGGGUCGGCGGUGCUGCAGUCUUCUGCGGCCCGGGCCGCCCGUCCGGGGCCACCAGACCGGACACCCCCGCCGCCUCGAGAGCGGCGACUGUCUUUGGGGUGGCCGAGGAGUGCGUGAUGGCAUCCGCGUCGUCUCGUGCGUGCGCCGAGAGCCGUUUCAUCCAGGCGUCGCGUAGCGCGCUGACGAUGCUGCGUCGGAGACGCACGUGCUGCAAUGCCACCGCUGCGAACAGGCCCUUUCUGGACGUUGUCGACUGGAGGCGAAUGGCACGGGUCCACCACGCCCACGGCUAGCGCAGGCGGGGCCUCGAGGGGUGGCGCCGGCGCGGCAGCAGCGAACAAGGUCCGCCGCCACGCCAGGUGCCUGCAAGCGCCGGCUGCGUCGCGCCGGGUUACGAGAAGCGCCGCGGUGCUGCGCAGAAUGCGGAAGAGGAGACCAUGAGCGAAAAGUUCUCCAAAGAUCCGCCGCCGGGCGGAGGCACUGGCUCGCGGGGGCAACCGCCACCCGGCGUGCCAGUGCCGGAACAGCCCGAAGACAACCGAGAACCACCACUUCAGCGGCUUUCCUCUGAGUCAAAGAAUGGAAGAGUUGCCGACCAAGAGGGUAAGCAGGAAGCGGCAUCAUCGACCAAGUGCCAGUCGCAGCCCGACGUCGUACAGUUCACCAGGAGUUUUGGCAACUACCGGGUGGAGCAACACCUGUCGCGCGACGAUGUGGUCGAUCAGGACGGCCGUCAGCCCUUCAAGUCCGCCAGCCUGGGCAUGGGCACAGUGUCCAGCAUACGGUACACCAUGUCCAGAACAGUGCCCUUGCAGGUGGAGCCCGGAGACCUGCCGAUGAUGGGCUCUGAUGCACCGGGCGGAGUUUCCGCGAGUGGUGGUGGUGGUGCCACCGACGCCGCUACUGCGAGCACCCGGGCCGCGUCCACGGCCCCGCGACCACAGCACGUCAACAUCGUGGUCAUGCUCAACUCGACCACCUCCGACGCCGGGAACAGCAAGUCCGGCACCUCAGCACAGUCGUCGCCGAAAAAAUUUGAAAUUCCUGUGCCACGCGCAAAAUCUUUGUUCGAAGUCGGCUCUGCGGACAGGAGCAUGAAGCCCGAGUUCAGCAGCGGCGGGGGCGCCAAGAAGUCACGCUCUGUCAACCUCGAGCACCUCAAGGAACAGGACGUCGCUGAGCUCGUGCGCUUCCUGAACGCCGCUUUCGCGGCGCAGAGAACGGACUCGACGACAAUGCCACCAUGUGACAUCCUGUCUUCUUUAGCCAGUGGUCGAAGAACCAUUCGGUUUGACGCAAACGACGGUACCGGUGGCCUGUCUCCGACGUCAAAGCCUGAUACGCGUGAGGAAAGCGUCCAGGCUGAGCAGCCACCAACGCCCACGCGUGCCACCGGCUCGCAGACGGAAGGAUUAGUACCGGACGGAGCUAUUUUUCAAAUGCCCCAGCAACUGGCAGGCGAGAGGGCAAGAGGUCCCACUGAGAGGCUGUACUUGCUGAGCGAAGAGCAGAUCAAGCAAGCGUUUGGCAGCGAUGAUGUCAUUGUGCGGUUCCCUCACAUGGACGUUCCACUCCGGCGAGUAAGCUCAGAUCGCGGCAGAGGGACAGGCUCAACGGAAAGCAGUGGAGGCAGACCAGAGAUACCCAGCUGGCUGCAAGAGUUCUUCACCAAACGUGACGGCACUGUGGCCGCCAAGCCUCGCCGCUCCCUGGAAGCGCAAGGUCCGGUGGCCGCGAUCAUUGAGGAAACAGAAAUACCUCAAACAGUAGGAGUCGAAUCGUAUCAACCAGUACUGGCAGGAAGCGCCCUCGUCGAGCUUCAAGAGAAAGCAGCCGACAGUGCUGAACUUAUGGAACGGGCAACGCCGCUGGAGAUGCAGCUAUCGCCAGCGGAAAUCUUGCGAGAAAAGAAAUUAGAGUCACCCGGAGGUCCUUUUCAGGGCACUUGGGAGCCAGAAGUUGAAGACGCAAAGAAAGUGACAGGCAAAAAGCUUGAAGAACGACGACCGCGAGAUGACGCAUCGGCCGCCAUUGAAGCUGUCGGGAAUGAAGCUAAGACAACGCUCGAUUUGGCGCAGAAAUCGCCCGAAGAAGUGCCCAACGUUGAAGCGAGGGUCUGGACAGCUGAUACUGGAGCGGAACUCGAGGAGUCGACUUCGGAGGAUGAAGUUCUUGAAGCUGUGGUAAACAAAGGGAAGCGCAAGCGCUCAAAGAGAGCAUCCCAAUCUGUGGCUCUCGUUGUCUUACCCACGCCUGACGAAACAGAAUUGAGUCUACGUGAUGCUGUAAAAGUUACUGUAACGGACACCUUGGAGAAACAGUCCGCGAUCGAAGGGACUAUUGCGCCGCCACUUGCACAGCAAGAAUGUCUCGCAAUCACUUAUGACGGAGCUGAGUCUGCAGAACUGGCAGCAAGGAGGCCCGACGGGGCGCCUACUGAGCGAAAGAAGCGUCAGGAAAAGGCGCUGCCAGUAUCCGCACGGGAUGAUGCAACAGAGGCCGCAAUGGGAGCUCCCCAAGAAGCAGGUACAGAAACUAUAGAACACAAUAUUCCUGAAAGAACUGUUACGGAGAAGUUGGACGUGACAGAAACCGGUGAAAAAGUAUCAGCAGAGGCCCGCCAAGAAUUCGCGGAAGGAUUCCCGACGCAGAAGCUAGAAGGAACCCAACUUUCGGCAACCAGGAAGGAAUCACAUGAAUUCUCACCGGCUGAGGUGUGGCCAGAGUACGGCAAAGAAGCGAGGGCGGAGGAAGGUGACCAAGAGUCUGCUCCUCCAAAGCCAAUGUCAACGGAGGCGCCUUUAGUGGGAGAGGUGCCAGCCAUAACAGAAGUGCCGACAGAGCGCCAACCAUCUGCGAUUGAGCUUUUCCCACUAGAGGAGGUACCAGCAGUUGAGUGGAAGCCUAGCGCUGAGGAGCUUUUGUCCCUAGUGGCUCCUCCAAAAGUUACUGCCGCAGAAUGUCAGGUUCCCGAAAUGGCACCGUUAGAAAAGCCGUUGGUAGAACAUUCACAUUCCCUCGAGCUUGUCUCAACGGAAGAAGCUCCACAGAUCGAGUGGAAACAAGCGAGCGCCGAGGAACUUUCAGAAAUUGGUCCUCGGAAGUUUGUGGAAGAAGAAGCGCGAGCAGCUCUGGAGACUCCAGCAACACUAAGAGAGGUUGAACCAAUGCUUAAAAUUCGACGCACGACGUCGGAAGAAGCACCGCACCUCGAGGGAGUGUCCAGCACUGGUGAAAUGUCGGAGGAGUUUUCCGGGCUUCCUACGAUGGAAUUUCUGCUCGCACAGAUCCCAGGCUUGGAGAAGGCUCCAGUUCGCCAAGCACCAUCCGGUGAGCUUAUUAUGUCUGAGGGAACACCGUCGAUAGAAUAUCAACCACUUUACCCGAAAGCCACGCAGCCGUUAGGUGAAACCUUGGAAAGAGCUCCUCCAAAGCGUAAAAGAUCAGGUCAGUUCGCAGGAUCGGAAGAAACACCACCAAUCGAAUGGAAAGCCAGCUUCGUAGAGCGGUCAGACGACUUCGCGCCGCAGUGGUUGCGGCCGGAGCAAGGUACUAACCGAGUCGCCGUCACCAGGGGGCUUCCACUGAAGAGGAAAACGUCAGGCGACCUGUUUGGUUCCGAAAAAACGCCAUCUUUAGAAUGGCAGAUGAGCCUGGAAGAACCGUCAGAAACCGGAGCUUCGUCAAGAGCACCUUCGGAGGCCGCUGGCCAAAUGAUUCCGGUGGUUCAAGGACACACUGCACGAUCUGUAGCGUCAGGCGAGCUCAUUGAAUUUAAACCAUUAUCGCUUGAAUCGAGCGCUGGCGCAGUGGAACCGUCGGAGUAUAUGCCAUCAGAGGUAACCGACGCAGACCAGAGAUUACGAGAUCAUGAUGCAAAGGAGGCUUUCGUGUCCGAAGGAACGACAUCAAUUGAGGGUAGAGCAAGGGUUAAGAAAAAGCAGGCGUCCCUUGCGGACAAAUGGGCAACUCUAAAGGCACCUGAUCAAGUCGUUCCAGCCAUUGAAUAUGUAUCACAGGAAGUACCGUCGCCUGAGUUCAGUGAACAUCUAUUACCAAUUGAGUCAGAUCAAAGUAUUAAAAAAUCAUCGUCAGAAGGGCGAGGGUCUAUUGCGCCUUAUGAAAAAUUUGACAUCAAGCAAGAAGCGCCGGGAGAGCUUAUCGAACUUCAAGGAAUAUCUUCUUCUGAAUGGAAGUCUAAUAUUGAAGAACAAUCAGCGAUUGUCGCCCUUCUAGAUACAGAGAAAGGCACACCUAAACUCGGUUCGUAUGAUGCACAUGAACGCGAAAAGACAUCCACAACAGGGCCGGAAUCGAAAAUUAGCGAGCUACCACAACUAACGCAACUCACAAUUAUGCAGCCACAGCCUGAAGAGAACAGAAAAACCUCAUCAAGUGAGCAAGGAUCAUCAGUAGGAACGUUCUCCAUUGAUGCUCUUUCUGACACACGACCAAAUAUCACGGCGCUCGGCAUCACUACAGCUGAACCAAAAGAAGUGCAACCACUUUUCCUGGCCAGCGCGGUUAAAGAGCCCCUCAUUAGGCCAAUAUUAGAAGAAAACCUUCAAAUAAAAGAAGCACAGUCCGAAUGGUUGGGGAGCCCAUCCCUCGUACCGGCAGAGCAAGAAGCGGAACUGGUUGAGCCACUUCAAGGCAUUCGUGAGCCAGUCUCGGAAACAUCGGAGCAGAUAAAGUUAACCGCAGCAGCAGCGGCACCAGGUGGCGCAAUAACCCCGAUUCAACUCAAACCGGUGGAGGAGUACCCUCCAGAAAAACCAAUACAAGAAAUAUCGGAAAAAGCUUUCUGGCAGCCUUGCACCGCUGCCCCGUCGUCUGAGGUGCCCGCUAUUGAGUUAAAGCCGGAAAAGAGGAGAUCUCUAGAAAAAGCACUACCACCAAGAGGUUUGGCAGAACCUUCUCUCGAACCACAAUCGCCAAUGCCACAAACGAUAGGAAGACUUGCUCAAGAAACCCAUGAGCGACGUGCCGAAGGACCAGUCGAAGAAAAAGACGCUUUAGCCAUCACCGCUGCCCCAUCUUUUGAACUACCUUCCUCUGAGCUAAAGCCAGAGGAAAAGAAACGCUCUCCCAGAAAGCCAUCACAAACGCAAGCAGCGCUUCCUUUUGUGCCAGAAGCAGAAAAGGCAGGACCAGUCGGAUUUGUUGAAAAAUCAAGGCGUGAAGAAAAGCUGCCGUCUGACCCAACAUCGUUCGCGCCAGCUGCACAACUAGCCGCGAUUCAGCAAAUUGCGCAAGAGCGCCCACUGGAGAAGGAAAUGCCACCCGAUAUUUUGAAAGGGCCAUCCUUCGAGGGCCCCUUCGCUGAAGCACCAGCAGAGGAAAUAAUGCCAGGCCUGGAAUUAGCGCCGCCUUCCGUUACAGUGAGUGCCCAGCCGAUGUCACGCAAGGAAAACGAGGAAAUGGUCGAGAACAUUGUUCUUUGCGAGGUAGAGGAACAGAAAGCGCUUAUGGAAACACCCGCUGGCGGAAAAGUGUCAGUUACUGAAAGGUCGCCCGUAUCGGGCAUAGGGGCGGUCGGCCAGUUGGAGCGUGGCGAAAAGAAAGAGGAGCAAUUAGAACAGCUCGUUCUUCCCGAAGUGCACGAACAGGAAGCUGUUGACGAAGCGCUCGAAGAGCAAAACGUUCCCGUUAGCAGGAUGACACUGCUACCCACUGAAGGGGCGUUUGAACCGUUGGAGCACAGAGAAAUGGAAGCAGCGCCAGUUGUUGGAUUUAUUUUUCCCGAUGUGCAGGAACAAGAACCCGUACCUCGAGCACCCACAAAGGAAAAGGUCGCGCUCAUAGAAACGGCACCAGUCUCGAGUGAAGAUACUGUCCAGCAUCCGGCGAUCAUGAGAGAAGUGUCGGGCGAAGAACUCAAUUUACCGGAGGUAAAGGAACUGGAGGUCCUUACGGAGAAAUCUGCCGAGAAAAUGCCAUCACUUCAACUAUCCCCGGAAUUGGCUCAUGUGGCAGUCGUUCCGACGACGUGCAAAGCCAAAGAACAGCCGCAUGUCGAAAAAGUGAUGCUUCUAGAAGAGCAGCCACGGAAAGUCCUCGCUGAAGUAUCUGUCGAGGAAGGAGCUCCAUCUUCCGAAUUGUCAGGGACAUUCGCUGUACCCGCAGUGAAGCCGCUAGCACUUGAGGAAGAUGAACUCCUCCUUCCAGUGGUGCAGGAACAAGAAGCUCUAUCCGAAGCAACUGCAAAAGAAGCACGUUCCAAUGUAGAAGCGGCCGCCGUAUUUCCUCAAGUGAAGUCAGAGCCAACAAUGCACAGAGGAAAGGAGGAGCCGCUCAUCGAAGAACUUCUCUCAGAGGCGAAAGAACAGAAUGCACUUACCGGAAUACCGGCAAAAGAAAGUCUGGCGCUUGAUGAAAUUGCACCUUUAGCCAUUGAGAGAGCAGCUGAGCCGCUUGUGCCCAAGAAAGUGAAAGAGGCGCAAGAAAUUGAAACUUUUCUACCAGAGGUGGAGGAACAAAACCGUCUACCUGAAGUACCACCGGCAGAAAGUGUGCCGAAAAUAGGAAUAACACCAACAUCCGCUGCAGCCGCUGCCGAGCCGCAGGCGGGCAAGAUAGAACACGAGCUGGCCGAAGAAGUUUUUCCAGAUGUACAAGAAGAGGAAGCCGUCAAAGAAACGCACACCGAGGAAAGAGUACCUGUGCAUAAACAUGUGCCUGUAUCAGCUGAAAUGGUGGUCGAGCCGGCGCCACGAAAAGAAAAGGAAGAACCACUGAUAGAAGCAGUCCCUCUUCUAGAAGCCCAGGUAAUGCAGGCGCUGCCGGUAGCAACAGCGGAGACACGUUUAUUUCCGGAGAAAAUGGCACCGGUAGUAGGAGAAGAAGCCACAGGCAAAGAACUCGUCUUUCCCGAGGUUCAGGAAAAGGAAGCACUUGAAGAAGUCGCCUUGAAAGAAUCACCUUUGGUUGAACUGACACAAGUUCCUUCGGUGCCGGUAACCGCUGAAGUGCCACUCAUGCCAGCGCCACAAGAGAUAAUUGAAAGGGUGACAGACCUUGCAAUUCCGGAAGUGCAAGAACAGGAAUCGCUACCCGAAGCAGUGGCAGAAAAGCAAUUAGCAGUCGCUAAAGCGGCACCAGUAUAUGUUGAAGGUUUCGUCGAGCCAAUAGCGCGAGAAGAAAAGGCAGAGGCCGCCGCAGAAGAAUUUGCCCUUCCAACAGUGCAACAACAGGAAGUCGUUCCCGAAAAUUUCCCAGUAGAGGAAGCAGCCCCUAUUUCAAUUGAGCCAGUAUCUACUGCGAUGGCGCCAGAAUUGCUUGAGCAGAAGGAAGGAGAAGAAGCCACAGGCAAAGAGCUCGUCCUUCCCGAGGUUCAGGAAAAGGAAGCACUUGAAGAAGUCGCCUUGAAAGAAUCACCUUUGGUUGAACUGACACAAGUUCCUUCGGUGCCGGUAACCGCUGAAGUGCCACUCAUGCCAGCGCCACAAGAGAUAAUUGAAAGGGUGACAGACCUUGCAAUUCCGGAAGUGCAAGAACAGGAAUCGCUACCCGAAGCAGUGGCAGAAAAGCAAUUAGCAGUCGCUAAAGCGGCACCAGUAUAUGUUGAAGGUUUCGUCGAGCCAAUAGCGCGAGAAGAAAAGGCAGAGGCCGCCGCAGAAGAAUUUGCCCUUCCAACAGUGCAACAACAGGAAGUCGUUCCCGAAAAUUUCCCAGUAGAGGAAGCAGCCCCUAUUUCAAUUGAGCCAGUAUCUACUGCGAUGGCGCCAGAAUUGCUUGAGCAGAAGGAAGGAGAAGAAGCCACAGGCAAAGAGCUCGUCCUUCCCGAGGUUCAGGAAAAGGAAGCACUUGAAGAAGUCGCCUUGAAAGAAUCACCUUUGGUUGAACUGACACAAGUUCCUUCGGUGCCGGUAACCGCUGAAGUGCCACUCAUGCCAGCGCCACAAGAGAUAAUUGAAAGGGUGACAGACCUUGCAAUUCCGGAAGUGCAAGAACAGGAAUCGCUACCCGAAGCAGUGGCAGAAAAGCAAUUAGCAGUCGCUAAAGCGGCACCAGUAUAUGUUGAAGGUUUCGUCGAGCCAAUAGCGCGAGAAGAAAAGGCAGAGGCCGCCGCAGAAGAAUUUGCCCUUCCAACAGUGCAACAACAGGAAGUCGUUCCCGAAAAUUUCCCAGUAGAGGAAGCAGCCCCUAUUUCAAUUGAGCCAGUAUCUACUGCGAUGGCGCCAGAAUUGCUUGAGCAGAAGGAAGGAGAAGAAGCCACAGGCAAAGAACUCGUCUUUCCCGAGGUUCAGGAAAAGGAAGCACUUGAAGAAGUCGCCUUGAAAGAAUCACCUUUGGUUGAACUGACACAAGUUCCUUCGGUGCCAAUAACGGCUGAAGUGCCACUCAUGCCAGCGCCGCAAGAGGAAAUUGAAAGGGUGCCAGACCUUGUAAUUCUGGAAGUGCAAGAACAGGAAUCGCUACCCGAAGCAGUGGCAGAAAAGCAAUUAGCAGUCGCUAAAGCGGCACCAGUAUAUGUUGAAGGUUUCGUCGAGCCAAUAGCGCGAGAAGAAAAGGUAGAGGCCGCCGCAGAAGAAUUUGCCCUUCCAACAGUGCAACAACAGGAAGUCGUUCCCGAAAAUUUCCCAGUAGGGGAAGCAGCCCCUAUUUCAAUUGAGCCAGUAUCUACUGCGAUGGCGCCAGAAUUGCUUGAGCAGAAGGAAGGAGAAGAAGCCACAGACAAAGAGCUCGUCCUUCCCGAGGUUCAGGAAAAGGAAGCACUUGAAGAAGUCGCCUUGAAAGAAUCACCUUUGGUUGAACUGACACAAGUUGCUUCGGUGCCGGUAACCGCUGAAGUGCCACUCAUGCCAGCGCCACAAGAGAAAAUUGAAAGGGUGCCAGACCUUGUAAUUCUGGAGGUGCAAGAACAGGAAUCGCUACCCGAAGCAGUGGCAGAAAAGCAAUUAGCAGUUACUAAAACGGCACCAGUACCUGUUGAAGGUGUCUCCCAGCCGGUUGCACGAGAAAUGGUAAAGGCGGCCGCAGAAGAACCUAUACUUGCGAUGGUGAAGGAACAGGAAACUGAACCUCUUCCAGAGGGAGAAGUGGCUGUUGUCGAAACUGCUCCCUUAUUUACUGCAUCAGCAGCUGAAGUAUUUCCUCGAAAAGAAACAGAAGAGUCCAUUGCUGUGGCACUUCUCCUUCCAGAGGUGCAGGAGCAGGAAUCACUUGCAGUAACACCCGUCAAGGAAAGCAAGCCGAUAUCAGCAGAAAAGGCAGAGCCGAUGGCGCCCAAGGAAGUACUAGAGACGCCGAUAGAAGAACUUCAACUUCCAGAAGUGCAGGAACAGAAAGCCGUUAUUGAAGCGUUUACAGAGGGAAAAGUGGACGUGACAGAAACAGAACCUGUGUCCACUGCAUUGAUGGCCGAGCUUCUCGCAUACAAAAAAGAAGAAGGAGCGAUCGGCGACGAACUUGUCCUUCCCGAGGUGCAGGAAGAGGAAGCGCUGACGGAAACGCCCGUCGAAGGAAAGUUGCUUGUUGAGCCGGCACUUGUGAAAGUCGGUGUUACGGUUCAGCCAAUGGUCCGCAAGGAUAAAGUUUCACAAAUACAAGAUGUCAUCCUUGCAAAGGUCCGUGUUGAAGACGUCCUCGGAGAAGCACCUGUCGAUAAAAUUUCAUUGCAUAAAAUGUCUCUAACAUGCGCUCUACCAGCAUCGCAGACAGUGUCACUAAAAACGGAAGCGCCGGUCAAAAAACACUCCCUUCCUGAUUUGCAGGAACAGGCAACAUUUGCUGCAGCACGUGUGGAUGGAGCAGUUCCGGCUGUAGCUAUGGUACCUCCAUUCACUGAAUCGGGCAUCGAGCGAAUAUCCAGCACUGAAGAGACGCCUGGAAAAGACAUUGUACUGCCCCAGGUACUUGAAGAAGCUGCCAUGCGCGAAGCACCUGCAGAGAAAAUUCUUUCCGGCGCCGAAGCAGCACACGUAAUCACAGCACCGCUUGUAGUACCGGCGUUAGAAAAAGCAAAAGCGCCUGUAGAAGAGUUCGUCCUUCCUGAAGUGCAAGAACAAGAAGCUUUUAUGGUAGUACAUGGUCAAGGAAGAUUUGAUGGUAGUGGAUUAGCAUCAGGUAUGGAAAAGCCACCGGACACAACCCCUUCAGAUUUUGACUUGCGCUCAACAGAACAAGAAGGGCUCACGCAAGGCAUGACAAUCUUCGAGGCACCUGCUCAAGUAACUUCUCCCAAAACACCUGAAGAGGUUAGGGUUCCAGAAAUCACGAUGGUACCUCCGUAUGAACCUGACUUUGUUCCCCUGGUACCAAUAGAAGGGAAACGCUCUUUGUCAGAAGAAUCGAUCGUGCCGGAGUUCCUCGUCGAACCGCCUACCUUUCCUAGUGAAGAGCCUAGUGAAGGUUUCACUCCUCCAGAGCUACCCGAUGAUAUUUCUUCUAAGAAAGUGUUCACGGUAGCAGCGCCCUUUUUCAGGACCAUGACAUUACCUGCAGUCGCUUCAACAAAGGUUAGGUCUGCACUGCAGACAACUCCGCUUAAGGAGCCUCAGGACACGGCAAGACGGCCCACUAAAGUAACACCUUUUAGCACAAAGCCUGCUGAAUCUGCCGCACAGCCAAGAAAGGCACCGGAACUUAAGAAAGUUUCGGAAGAGACAUGGGGAUUAUUCACAUCGGCUGAAGUGAAGACAAGGAUCCCUAGGCCUGAUGAGCAUGAAAUACAGGAAGCAGUGGCUUCUACAGAGCCACACGCCGAAACUUCCGAAGGUGGUAUCAUUGAACUAGCCCCGCAGGAAGACCUGCUGCCAUUGCAAGCUGACGUAUCAGAGGGAAAAUACGCUAAUAUCGACUUUCGAGAGAUGGCACCAGAAGCAGUGCUCGACAAAAGAGAACAAGUUGCGCAAACGUCCGUUUAUGAGCCUGUUAGAGAACAGCCACGCACGUCGGAGGAGCUCAAACUUGUACCAGCCCUGGAAGCGUCUCCAAUUCCAGAAGCCGACAUGGAAGAACUAAUCUCUCGAAAAGAGGUAACACCCUUACUAGUGAAAGGUGCAGAACAGCCGCCGGCUGAAGUUUUCCUGCACGAAAGAGACACGAUCAGUAAGGAGUCACUUCUUCCGGCGGAAACUGAAGCAUAUGUGACUGAAGCAGAGCAGUUGGAGCUUGUUCCCGCACCCGACGAAAUUCCAGUUGAAGAACCGCAAUCAAUACCAACGGUUGCAGACGAAUACGCUGUGUCCCUGGCUUUCCCCGAGACGGUUCUUCAAGCAGGUGCGGAAAACAAGGUGGCCGGUGAAGAUUUAUUCCCUCCAGACUUUGGCGAGGUGCCUGUAACACGUAAAUCGGACUUGAACCUUGUUCCCGAACUUGAAGCAAAUUCCGUCCUUGAAGUUCCUGCGACUCAGACAGCACUUUUGGGAGACACUGGACCCUUCAUAAGUGAAGCGUUUAAAGACGAAGCACCUGUUGAUAUCAUGUUGACCAGAGAUUUUCAGUCAACCACAGAUCAGGUACAACCCUGCAAAGCGUUGUUUGAAGUUCCACUACAGGCAACUACAAUUUGCGAAGAUAACAAAAAAGAAACCCUAGCUACACGUAAACUGUCAGCACAAGAAAAAACAUUGAUUCUCGAGACGCCAGCAGAUAUUGUUAAGCAGGCGGAGGAGAAAGUUAAAGAUAUGGAAACGAGAGCCAUUUUUCCAGAGCAAGAAGUCAUGCCGGAACCUCGCGAGAAAAGGGCACUUGUCGAAAAAGGUAUUUUCCUUCCAGAGGUCAUAGAACAGGAAGCCCUACCGGAAGUUCCUCUGGAAAAAAGAGCUGCAGCCAUUGAACUGCAGGCUGUAGUCAUUGAACGUGCACUCGAGCCUGGGUCACCAAUGGAAAAAGAGAAAUACAUGCAAGAGCUUAUGCUUCCAGAGGUGAAAGAACAGAAAUCCCUACUGGAGGAAGCGGCAGAGGAGAAACCUGUUUCCCUUGAAAUGCAAGGGUUAUUCGCUGAACCUGCUUUAGAGCCAGGGCCAGGGAAAGAAAAACCUGAGGCACCUAUGGAAGAGCUUUCACUUCCAGUAGUUCAUGAACAGGAAGCCAUGCUGGAAGUCUUACUUGGAGUGCCUGCAGAAAGAAGAGGUCAAAUUAUUGAUAUGGCGCGGGUAUAUGGUCGACCUGAAGAACCGUCCGCGAAACGCAAAGAAAAGGCGGACCUUAAGGAACUCGUUCUUCCAGAAGUUCAGCAACAUGCAGCCGUGUCUGAAGCACCUAAAGAGCCGACCAGUGUCUCCGAAGUCACCAAGCCACGGGGACUGUUCGGCGAGCAUGUUGAAUCUCGUACCGCUGAAAUUAUAUUGGAAAGCGAACAAAUAUCCGAAUCAGCAACAGCAGACUUCAAAACAGGCGGCUAUCCCGCAUUGUCGACGUUCGAUCUGUUGGUUAGCUAUAACAAGGAAGUUACAAAGAUGGACCUGCCGAGUGAUGUGCAAAGCCGUCCAACGAGCGCACAGUUCAAGCGCGGUCAAGAAUUCCAAGUAUCUGCUCCCGCAAGGAAAGCAACGCCAUCUUCAGUUAUUGCAAGUUGCCAGAAGUGCGAUGAAAAGAGGAGCAUGGAAAGCGUGUUUUUCCUCACUUCGCCAGAAAGACUGUAUGCCGCAUCGCGGCAUGAAGGAACAGAAGGACACGCUGCGGAAGGGAAAACAGGUUCCGAAGAAAUAUCCGCACAGCCACCUGGUUACGAACUAGAAUACCUCUACAUUCCAGAAUUUAUGACACAAGAAUCAUCUGAGCAAACCUUACUGCAAGAACACAAAGUGUGUGAAGAGGAACUUCCAGCCAUUCACAGGGCAUCUGUAAUCGCUGAACCAGCUGCUCAAGCUGAAGAGCCAGCCAAACUAUUCCACGUGCAGCCUCCCGCUUAUCAACUCGAGUACCUCUACGUGCCAGAGUUCAUGAUGCGAGAAAAACCUCAAGGAGUUCCAGCUGAACAAAAGGGAGAACCUGCGUACGAACGGGAAUACCUUUACGUGCCGGAGUUCAUGACGCACGAAGACCAUGAAGAAGUUCGGGUGGGAGAAGAAGCACCAGCUCCAGAAACAGCAAGAAAGGCCAAAAAACUUGUCAGACCUCCCUCCGGUUAUGGAGUAGAACUAUCCCACAUGGCAAACAUGAUUCCACAAACACCUUAUGCAGAAGUCCCAAAGGAAAAAACGAAAAAGUCUCCUGUCGAAGUUCCCACACCAAAAUGGCCUCAAUACAUCCAAGCACAGCCACCCACUUACGAGCGCGAAUACAUGUACGUGCCAGAAUUCAUGGCACGUGAACAACCUGAAGUAGCACCACCGCGGGAAGCAGAGGAAGCGAGAGCUUUCGAGGCCGUGAGACCAACCGGGGUGCUUUACGUAGAGCCUCCUCCUUACGAAUUGGAGUACAUCCACGUGCCAGAAUUCAUGACGCGAGAGCAACCUAUAGGUGUUCCAGCAAAAGAAAAGGAAGCACCGUUUCCAGAAGAGCCAAAGACGCGCAAAAGGCCAUCUACUAGUUAUGAAAUGGAAUUGCCCUGGGUCGCAAGUAUUGUUACGAAGCCAGCGGCGGAAGUUCCAGAGACAGAAAAAGCGCCUCCUGUCAAAGUUCCCACGAUGGAAGCGCCUGAAUACGCCCAAGCGCAGCCUCCUACUUACGCGCCAGAAUACAUGUACGUGCCAGAAUUCAUGGCACGUGAACAACCUGAAGUAGCACCACCGCGGGAAGUAGAGGAAGCGAGAGCUUUCGAGGCCGUGAGACCAACCGGGGUGCUUCACGUAGAGCCUCCUCCUUACGAAUUGGAGUACAUCCACGUGCCAGAAUUCAUGACGCGAGAGCAACCUAUAGGUGUUCCAGCAAAAGAAAAGGAAGCACCGUUUCCAGAAGAGCCAAAGACGCGCAAAAGGCCAUCUACUGCUUAUGAAAUGGAAUUGCCCUGGGUCGCAAGUAUUGUUACGAAGCCAGCGGCGGAAGUUCCAGAGACAGAAAAAGCGCCUCCUGUCAAAGUUCCCACGAUGGAAGCGCCUGAAUACGCCCAAGCGCAGCCUCCUACUUACGCGCCAGAAUACAUGUACGUGCCAGAAUUCAUGGCACGUGAACAACCUGAAGUAGCACCACCGCGGGAAGUAGAGGAAGCGAGAGCUUUCGAGGCCGUGAGACCAACCGGGGUGCUUUACGUAGAGCCUCCUCCUUACGAAUUGGAGUACAUCCACGUGCCAGAAUUCAUGAUGCGAGAGCAACCUAUAGGUGUUCCAGCAAAAGAAAAGGAAGCACCGUUUCCAGAAGAGCCAAAGACGCGCAAAAGGCCAUCUACUGCUUAUGAAAUGGAAUUGCCCUGGGUCGCAAGUAUUGUUACGAAGCCAGCGGCGGAAGUUCCAGAGACAGAAAAAGCGCCUCCUGUCAAAGUUCCCACGAUGGAAGCGCCUGAAUACGCCCAAGCGCAGCCUCCUACUUACGCGCCAGAAUACAUGUACGUGCCAGAAUUCAUGGCACGUGAACAACCUGAAGUAGCACCACCGCGGGAAGUAGAGGAAGCGAGAGCUUUCGAGGCCGUGAGACCAACCGGGGUGCUUUACGUAGAGCCUCCUCCUUACGAAUUGGAGUACAUCCACGUGCCAAAAUUCAUGACGCGAGAGCAACCUAUAGGUGUUCCAGCAAAAGAAAAGGAAGCACCGUUUCCAGAAGAGCCAAAGACGCGCAAAAGGCCAUCUACUGCUUAUGAAAUGGAAUUGCCCUGGGUCGCAAGUAUUGUUACGAAGCCAGCGGCGGAAGUUCCAGAGACAGAAAAAGCGCCUCCUGUCAAAGUUCCCACGAUGGAAGCGCCUGAAUACGCCCAAGCGCAGCCUCCUACUUACGCGCCAGAAUACAUGUACGUGCCAGAAUUCAUGGCACGUGAACAACCUGAAGUAGCACCACCGCGGGAAGUAGAGGAAGCGAGAGCUUUCGAGGCCAUGAGACCAACUGGAGUGCUUUACGUAGAGCCUCCUUCUUACGAACUGGAGUACCUCCACGUGCCAGAAUUCAUGACGCGAGAGCAACCUAUAGGUGUUCCAGCAAAAGAAAAGGAAGCACCGUUUCCAGAAGAGCCAAAGACGCGCAAAAGGCCAUCUACUGCUUAUGAAAUGGAAUUGCCCUGGGUCGCAAGUAUUGUUACGAAGCCAGCGGCGGAAGUUCCAGAGACAGAAAAAGCGCCUCCUGUCAAAGUUCCCACGAUGGAAGCGCCUGAAUACGCCCAAGCGCAGCCUCCUACUUACGCGCCAGAAUACAUGUACGUGCCAGAAUUCAUGGCACGUGAACAACCUGAAGUAGCACCACCGCGGGAAGUAGAGGAAGCGAGAGCUUUCGAGGCCGUGAGACCAACCGGGGUGCUUUACGUAGAGCGUCCUCCUUACGAAUUGGAGUACAUCCACGUGCCAGAAUUCAUGACGCGAGAGCAACCUAUAGGUGUUCCAGCAAAAGAAAAGGAAGCACCGUUUCCAGAAGAGCCAAAGACGCGCAAAAGGCCAUCUACUGCUUAUGAAAUGGAAUUGCCCUGGGUCGCAAGUAUUGUUACGAAGCCAGCGGCGGAAGUUCCAGAGACAGAAAAAGCGCCUCCUGUCAAAGUUCCCACGAUGGAAGCGCCUGAAUACGCCCAAGCGCAGCCUCCUACUUACGCGCCAGAAUACAUGUACGUGCCAGAAUUCAUGGCACGUGAACAACCUGAAGUAGCACCACCGUGGGAAGCAGAGGAAGCGAGAGCUUUCGAGGCCGUGAGACCAACCGGAGUGCUUUACGUAGAGCCUCCUCCUUACGAACUGGAGUACCUCCACGUGCCAGAAUUCAUGACGCGAGAGCAACCUAUAGGUGUUCCAGCAAAAGAAAAGGAAGCACCGUUUCCAGAAGAGUCAAAAAAGACGCGCAAAAGGCCAUCUACUGCUUAUGAAAUGGAAUUGCCCUGGGUCGCAAGUAUUGUUACGAAGCCAGCGGCGGAAGUUCCAGAGACAGAAAAAGCGCCUCCUGUCAAAGUUCCCACGAUGGAAGCGCCUGAAUACGCCCAAGCGCAGCCUCCUACUUACGCGCCAGAAUACAUGUACGUGCCAGAAUUCAUGGCACGUGAACAACCUGAAGUAGCACCACCGCGGGAAGCAGAGGAAGCGAGAGCUUUCGAGGCCGUGAGACCAACCGGAGUGCUUUACGUAGAGCCUCCUCCUUACGAACUGGAGUACCUCCACGUGCCAGAAUUCAUGACGCGAGAACAACCUAUAGGUGUUCCAGCAGAAGAAAAGGUAGCACCGUUUCCAGAAGAGCCAAAGAAACGCAAAAGGCCUUCUACUGGUUAUGGAGUGGAAAUACCUUGGGUCGCAAGUAUUGUUACGAAGCCAGCGGCGGAAGUUCCACAGAAAGAAAAAGCGCCUCCAGUCAAAGUUCCCACGAUGGAAGCGCCUGAAUAUGCCCAAGCGCAGCCUCCUACUUACGCGCCAGAAUACAUGUACGUGCCAGAAUUCAUGGCACGUGAACAACCUCAAGUAGCACCACCGCGGGAAGUAGAGGAAGCGAGAGCUUUCGAGGCCGUGAGACCAACCGGAGUGCUUUACGUAGAGCCUCCUCCUUACGAACUGGAGUACCUCCACGUGCCAGAAUUCAUGACGCGAGAACAACCUAUAGUUGUUCCAGCAGAAGAAAAGGUAGCACCGUUUCCAGAAGAGCCAAAGAAGCGCAAAAGGCCUUCUACUGGUUAUGGAGUGGAAAUACCUUGGGUCGCAAGUAUUGUUACGAAGCCAGCGGCGGAAGUUCCACAGAAAGAAAAAGCGCCUCCAGUCAAAGUUCCCACGAUGGAAACGCCUGAAUACGCCCAAGCGCAGCCUCCUACUUACGCGCCAGAAUACAUGUACGUGCCAGAAUUCAUGGCACGUGAACAACCUGAAGUAGCACCACCGCCGGAAGUAGAGGAAGCGAGAGCUUUCGAGGCCGUGAGACCAACCGGAGUGCUUUACGUAGAGCCUCCUUCUUACGAACUGGAGUACCUCCACGUGCCAGAAUUCAUGACGCGAGAACAACCUAUAGGUGUUCCAGCAGAAGAAAAAGAAGCGCCGUUUCCAGAAAAGCCAAAGACGCGCAAAAGGCCUCCUACUGGUUAUGAAAUGGAAUUGCCCUGGGUCGCAAGUAUUGUUACGAAGCCAGCGGCGGAAGUUCCACAGAAAGAAAAGGAGCCUACUGUCAAAGUUCCCACGAUGGAAGCGCCUGAAUACGUCCAAGCACAGCCUCCCACUUACGCGCCAGAGUACAUGUAUGUGCCAGAAUUCAUGGCACGUGAACCAACUGAAGUAGCACCACCGCGGGAAGUAGAGGAAGCGAGAGCUUUCGAGGCCGUGAGACCAACCGGAGUGCUUUACGUAGAGCCUCCUUCUUACGAACUGGAGUACCUCCACGUGCCAGAAUUCAUGACGCGAGAACAACCUAUAGGUGUUCCAGCAGAAGAAAAAGAAGCGCCGUUUCCAGAAAAGCCAAAGACGCGCAAAAGGCCUCCUACUGGUUAUGAAAUGGAAUUGCCCUGGGUCGCAAGUAUUGUUACGAAGCCAGCGGCGGAAGUUCCACAGAAAGAAAAGGAGCCUACUGUCAAAGUUCCCACGAUGGAAGCGCCUGAAUACGUCCAAGCACAGCCUCCCACUUACGCGCCAGAGUACAUGUAUGUGCCAGAAUUCAUGGCACGUGAACCAACUGAAGUAUCACCACCGCGGGAAGUAGAGGAAGCGAGAGCUUUCGAGGCCGUGAGACCAACCGGAGUGCUUUACGUAGAGCCUCCUUCUUACGAACUGGAGUACCUCCACGUGCCAGAAUUCAUGACGCGAGAACAACCUAUAGGUGUUCCAGCAGAAGAAAAAGAAGCGCCGUUUCCAGGAAAGCCAAAGACGCGCAAAAGGCCUCCUACUGGUUAUGAAAUGGAAAUACCCUGGGUCGCAAGUAUUGUUACGAAGCCAGCGGCGGAAGUUCCACAGAAAGAAAAAGCGCCUCCUGUCAAAGUCCCAAAGAUGGAAGCGCCUGAAUACGUCCAAGCACAGCCUCCCACUUACGCGCCAGAGUACAUGUAUGUGCCAGAAUUCAUGGCACGUGAACAACCUGAAGUAGCACCACCGCGGGAAGUAGAGGAAGGGAGAGCAUUCGAGGCCGUGAGACCAACCGGAGUGCUUUACGUAGAGCCUCCUUCUUACGAACUGGAGUACCUCCACGUGCCAGAAUUCAUGACGCGAGAACAACCUAUAGGUGUUCCAGCAGAAGAAAAGGAAGCACCGUUUCCAGAAAAGCCAAAGACGCGCAAAAUGCUAUUGAUGCCUUCUACUGGUUAUGAAAUGGAAUUGCCCUGGGUCGCAAGUAUUGUUACGAAGCCAGCGGCGGAAGUUCCACAGAAAGAAAAAGCGCCUCCUGUCAAAGUCCCAAAGAUGGAAGCGCCUGAAUACGUCCAAGCACAGCCUCCCACUUACGCGCCAGAGUACAUGUAUGUGCCAGAAUUCAUGGCACGUGAACAACAUGAAGUAGCACCACCGCGGGAAGUAGAGGAAGGGAGAGCAUUCGAGGCCGUGAGACCAACCGGAGUGCUUUACGUAGAGCCUCCUUCUUACGAACUGGAGUACCUCCACGUGCCAGAAUUCAUGACGCGAGAACAACCUAUAGGUGUUCCAGCAGAAGAAAAGGAAGCACCGUUUCCAGAAAAGCGAAAGACGCGCAAAAUGCUAUUGAUGUCUUCUACUGGUUAUGAAAUGGAAUUGCCCUGGGUCGCAAGUAUUGUUACGAAGCCAGCGGCGGAAGUUCCACAGAAAGAAAAAGCGCCUCCUGUCAAAGUCCCAACGAUGGAAGCGCCUGAAUACGUCCAAGCACAGCCUCCCACUUACGCGCCAGAGUACAUGUAUGUGCCAGAAUUCAUGGCACGUGAACAACCCGAAGUAGCACCACCGCGGGAAGUAGAGGAAGCGAGAGCUUUCGAGGCCGUGAGACCAACCGGAGUGCUUUACGUAGAGCCUCCUCCUUACGAACUGGAGUACCUCCACGUGCCAGAAUUCAUGACGCGAGAACAACCUAUAGGUGUUCCAGCAGAAGAAAAGCUAGCACCGUUUCCAGAAGAGCCAAAGACGCGAAAAAGGCCUUCUACUGGUUAUGGAGUGGAAAUACCUUGGGUCGCAAGUAUUGUUACGAAGCCAGCGGCGGAAGUUCCACAGAAAGAAAAAGCGCCUCCAGUCAAAGUUCCCACGAUGGAAACGCCUGAAUACGCCCAAGCGCAGCCUCCUACUUACGCGCCAGAAUACAUGUACGUGCCAGAAUUCAUGGCACGUGAACAACCUGAAGUAGCACCACCGCCGGAAGUAGAGGAAGCGAGAGCUUUCGAGGCCGUGAGACCAACUGGAGUGCUUUACGUAGAGCCUCCUCCUUACGAACUGGAGUACCUCCACGUGCCAGAAUUCAUGACGCGAGAACAACCUAUAGGUGUUCCAGCAGAAGAAAAGGUAGCACCGUUUCCAGAAGAGCCAAAGAAACGCAAAAGGCCUUCUACUAGUUAUGGAGUGGAAAUACCUUGGGUCGCAAGUAUUGUUACGAAGCCAGCGGCGGAAGUUCCACAGAAAGAAAAAGCGCCUCCAGUCAAAGUUCCCACGAUGGAAGCGCCUGAAUACGCCCAAGCGCAGCCUCCUACUUACGCGCCAGAAUACAUGUACGUGCCAGAAUUCAUGGCACGUGAACAACCUGAAGUAGCACCACCGCGGGAAGUAGAGGAAGCGAGAGCUUUCGAGGCCGUGAGACCAACUGGAGUGCUUUACGUAGAGCCUCCUCCUUACGAACUGGAGUACCUCCACGUGCCAGAAUUCAUGACGCGAGAACAACCGAUAGGUGUUCCAGCAGAAGAAAAAGAAGCAUCGUUUCCAGAAAAGCCAAAGACGCGCAAAAUGCCUUCUACUGGUUAUGAAAUGGAAUUGCCCUGGGUCGCAAGUAUUGUUACGAAGCCAGCGGCGGAAGUUCCCCAGAAAGAAAAGGAGCCUACUGUCAAAGUUCCCACGAUGGAAGCGCCUGAAUACGUCCAAUCACAACCUCCUACUUACGCGCCAGAAUACAUGUACGUGCCAGAAUUCAUGGCACGUGAACCACCUGAAGUAGCACCACCGCGGGAAGUAGAGGAAGCGAGAGCUUUCGAGGCCGUGAGACCAACCGGAGUGCUUUACGUAGAGCCUCCUUCUUACGAACUGGAGUACCUCCACGUGCCAGAAUUCAUGACGCGAGAACAACCUAUAGGUGUUCCAGCAGAAGAAAAAGAAGCGCCGUUUCCAGAAAAGCCAAAGACGCGCAAAAGGCCUCCUACUGGUUAUGAAAUGGAAUUGCCCUGGGUCGCAAGUAUUGUUACGAAGCCAGCGGCGGAAGUUCCACAGAAAGAAAAGGAGCCUACUGUCAAAGUUCCCACGAUGGAAGCGCCUGAAUACGUCCAAGCACAGCCUCCCACUUACGCGCCAGAGUACAUGUAUGUGCCAGAAUUCAUGGCACGUGAACCAACUGAAGUAGCACCACCGCGGGAAGUAGAGGAAGCGAGAGCUUUCGAGGCCGUGAGACCAACCGGAGUGCUUUACGUAGAGCCUCCUUCUUACGAACUGGAGUACCUCCACGUGCCAGAAUUCAUGACGCGAGAACAACCUAUAGGUGUUCCAGCAGAAGAAAAAGAAGCGCCGUUUCCAGAAAAGCCAAAGACGCGCAAAAGGCCUCCUACUGGUUAUGAAAUGGAAUUGCCCUGGGUCGCAAGUAUUGUUACGAAGCCAGCGGCGGAAGUUCCACAGAAAGAAAAGGAGCCUACUGUCAAAGUUCCCACGAUGGAAGCGCCUGAAUACGUCCAAGCACAGCCUCCCACUUACGCGCCAGAGUACAUGUAUGUGCCAGAAUUCAUGGCACGUGAACCAACUGAAGUAGCACCACCGCGGGAAGUAGAGGAAGCGAGAGCUUUCGAGGCCAAUUCAUGA